GGCUUUAGUAAAUUUAGAACAUUGAACGAAAGAAGGCAGUGUUUUGGCUUCUGAAGAAAUAUUACACAAUGGAAUCACCAAAUAUCAACAGAGAGGCAGUUUUAAAAUCUUUAGCACUCAAUGAGACAAAUUCUGAAGGCCAACCGCGAAAAAGACGGAGAUUAGAUAAUUUAACAGCCGAAGAAAGAGCGCUUCGAAGGAAGCUAAAAAAUCGUGUAGCGGCACAGACAGCUCGCGAUAGAAAGAAGGCUCGAAUGCAAGACUUGGAAGACGCGGUCAAAAGGCUAGAAAGAGAGAACAAGAACCUCAGAGACUCCAACAAAAGAUUACUAAAACAAACAGAUUCCCUUUCAUCAGAAAACUCUGAACUCAGAAUUCGAUUGGGACUUACUCCUCCAGUUUCUCCAGAGGCUUCUCCAAGUCCUUUGUCUCUUCCCCCAAGCCCAGAACCCUCCCUCAAAGACGAGACAGACAGCAGUCUUGUUGUGAUCAAGAAGGAAGCAGAAUCUAAAGAGUUUGCAGCGCUCACAGCUUCUCAGCAGCAGAAGAAUCUGAUUCUGUUUCUUUUGGUGAUCACGACCUGGCUAAGGAUCAAUUCGAGUCUCAGCUGUUUGUUGGUCUGUUUGAAGAUGUUGACUCCAGUAGUGAAGAUGAUUCAGAAUUUCUCGAGCCAAAGCAAGAACACAAGAUUAUUUCCUCUUGCUGUGGUGGAUCCAGCACUGAUGACAGAUCGUUUAAAAUCAAGUCAGUUAGAGACCAAGAUGUCCAGGCCAUACCACAAGGAAUUGAUGGUAUGGUGGGGUCGCCAACAGACCACAUGGAAUCCAUUGAUGAUAUCAUAGGAUACAAAAACUUGUCAAUGGAACUUAACGAACUAGAUGUUGAACCUGGUACACUUGGGGAUAGUGGCAUCAAUGUAUGGGAGGAAUCAUUCACUGACCUUUUCCCCUCUUUAAUGGCCGUCUAAAUUAUUAUCGAUGGGAAAAGUGUAUUUCAUAGGUUAAGCUAGCCAUUUGACAGUAUGAAAUUGUUUUUUCCCUAAUCAAAUUUUACCCAAUUUACAAGCCUUACAGGCUAUAUAAUGUACCUGUUCUGUAUUCAGUUCUGUACUUUACUUAAGUGAAGACAAUUUCCCGGCUGUUUUCAGCAGAAAUCGCCAUUGGCAAUUGCUCUAAAGCAUUAUUUGCUUGCUUGCAAAAAAAAAAUGAAGCUUGUUCUUCUACCAAGAAUGAAAUUUGACUGUGCUAUCAUGUCCCACUUGAUAGCAAACUGGGAGAGAGGAAUAAUAGGUCCUGAAAAUAGGCAAUAAAAUAUCUGGUACAAAAUAGUUGUGCCUCCUCAUAGCUUCCCAAAUGAAAACCAUUCAAUAUAUUUUUCAUCACGUUUAAAUAAUAUUAAUGAAAUAAUGUUAUAGUUAACAAAGGAUAAUAUGAGAGUGUAGGUGCACUGACAAACGAACGUAUUUUUAAUACAUUGAAUUUCACCAAGAAUAAUUAUAAUUUGUUUAUAUUAAAUAAUAAUCAAUGCAUAGAUGUUUAAAGGUUCACCAGACUGGGUUUCUCAAAGCUCGAUUAGCAUUACAGUACAAAGGUUGAAUACAAUGGCUUCCGACCAAGAAUUAGUGUUUAUUGAGCUGUGAAUGACCUGGCUGUAAAAUAUUAACACAAGAAUAUUAUUUUGAUCAAUCCAGUCAAAAUUGUUAUAUAGUAAUCACCAAAUUAAAAACAAAAAUGUAAGGGCAUCUUAAAUAACCAAUCAGUGAAUGUUUCCUCUUGAUAAGUUUACUGGUUGACAUUAAAUAAAGUGUACAGGGUUUAAACUC